UUCGAAAUAAAUGGUUAGGUUAAGUGUAGUAUAGUACAAAUUUAAAAACCGUGCCAUGUAGGCCGUUUCAAAUCACGCGCUGCGCGAGUUAGUUGGGGUUCACACCCGCUAGGGGCGCAGCAAACAGUGUUUCGUUUAACAGCAUAGAAGAUGCUGUUCUAUAUAACCUCUGUAUUUUAUGGUUCAAGGAAAAGAAACUACUGAUUUUUUUGUUUUCUUCUGCAAGCUUCGCGUUAUUUGCAUGUUUCAAGCUCUUGACGUGAUAGGAAAUAUUGUGCUUGCCGCCAUGGGAAACAUUAAUGUCGCAACGACAAACACUACAAAACGCAAAAUUAGAGCCUUUUUCACUCUUAGUAAUGAAAGGAUAUAAUUCUGAGUAAGAUGACGGAAACACAUGUCCAUAUUGUUUUUUACUACUUGUAGCCAUUAUGAAAUCAUAUUAUCUUACGUUUCGUACAAGUGCUAACUUAUAAAAUAUUUACCACACUCGUACAUAAACAGUUAAGUCGUCAUCACUCGUCUCCAGCCAACCUGCUGUGUACCCACAAAACUCACAAAAAUUACUUUCAGGACUCUUCCGCACAAACAAAAGAUUAGCAAGAUCAGUUGCCAUCCAUCCUGCUGUGUACCACGAAACUUACAAAAAUUAUUUUCUUUUCGGAACGAUUUUUCUCUGACUCCACUUUUCUCAUAUUAUCGCGGAUGCCAUGUUGUUAAACAAUAACAAAUGCUGCUCAAAUGGUACAUUUAUAUGGGCACUAAAAUAUUAUACUGGAUUUUUGAACAGACAAAAAUCGUAAUAUGAAUUAUUUUCCGUACAAAUUACGGGAAAAUCGAAUAAGUUGGCAGAUAUGCAUUUACCAUCUCCCUCUGAAGUACGUAAAAAGGCAAAAAGAUCUUCAACUAUACAUAUCCACAUUCAAAAGGGCAAGACAUGCACCACUUUUCACCCACUGCAAUCUACUAUUCCCAAUUUCGACCUGAUGAAGAUGCCGAUGGGAAUGGGAUUUCUUAUAAAAUGCAACAAACUACUUCCAGCGGGGUAAAUGAAGCUCUUAACACAAAUGACACACCAGAGACCUCCAAGGCUAAUAAUUAAGCGAUAUCUCCUCAACAGAUACUUAAGCAACUAAGGGCCAACUCUGGAUAAAAGCCGUGAAUAGCUAUAGACUGAAUAAGCUAUUCGCUCAAUAUCUUCAUCCUCGUGUAUUACAAUCGCCGAAUAGUGACCAAAUAGCUAUUCGCAAUUUAUCUGAUGAUUUCGACACCUCUAGUGUAUUUUUUUAAGCGUUGGUAUUAAAAACCCUGCUAAGAUAGUGAAUAAUAAUGUUGUAGUGUUGCCAGUUUUGGUUAUUCCGACGAUUUUUUGUUUCCUUUUCUGCUAUCAUCUUCACUAUAUUAUUCAAUACAUAUUUGCGCUUUGUGAGGCUAGAUAUGGCUGAAUUAAAAGUAGCGAAAUGUGUGCGCUCCUCUAAUUACAGUAAAGAAGAAUGCACGAAGUUAGUUCAAUUCGUGCGCAUGUUCGAAAAUAAUUGAAAACAAUAAGACAGAUGCCGUAACCUGUACAGAAAAGGUAAGUUAACCUAUCAAACUAUUUUGUUAUAAAAGUGACGUGAUAAUAAGGGACCACAUUCAUUGUAUCCAAUUACCUAUAAGUUGUUUUAUUAUAAUUUCAGAAUAAAGCAUGGGAAGACAUGGCUGCCAGAUACAAUUGUAUGACAAUACAACAUUGGACUGUCAAGGAUUUGAGACAAAAGUGGGAGUCCUUAAAGAGGGAAGCGAGGAAAGAUGCCGCAAUGCAUCGCCAAGCACUACAUAAAACCGGAGGUGGACCAUCUGUGGAAAUUAAAGUUAAUCCUGCUGUGGAGCAGGUUAAGGAAAUACUUCAGCUCUCUGCAGAUGGAAUGGAAAGUGUUUUCGAUCGUGAUAGGAUAUCUGAUGCUGCACCAGUUCCAGCUCCAGAGCAGGAAAACAUGCCAGCAGUAAAGGUGGUAUGCAUGGGACCAGAUGUGACUGAAGUGGAUGGCAAAGAGAUUUCCUGUGAAAUGGUUGAAAUGCUGGAUAUCGACAUCGAUGAUCGUGAGACCUAUGCUCAAGAAAUGUUUGAAACAGUUCCAGGAGGAAGCAGUGACUGGUCAUCAUACAAGUCUGCGAUGUUGAAAUCUGCCAAAAAUAAGAAAUUGAAAAGAAAGAUAGCUGCAGUAAUGUGAGAAGAGGGUGAACUACCACCUGUAAAUGGUACCAGCCACACCCAAACAGCAAAAUGCAUGGCACAGGAGACACGCAGAUCAGCAACAGUCUCUUUAAAUGGGGAGCGGCUCAGUGGCUGGGCCACUGAAAAGAAAAACCUAGCCUGUUUGCAGCAACAGCUGCUGUGGAAAGAGCAUUGCACAAGAGAGAAACGGGAGUCAGAAAGGCAUGAAAUAGAUAUGCAGCUGAAGAAAAAAAAAUUGUACUAUUAGAGACUGAGUUGAAAAUCAAAGAAGCAACUUUAAUUGAUUUGACGAGAAAAAAUUCAAUAUUAUAAUAGGUUUACUGGUCUAUAUAACACAAUAAAAGUUAGGCCAAUCUUGUGUGUAUAUAGUUUAAUCAGUAAAUAAUAUCAGAAUUAUAAUGUUUUAUUACUUGUGUAUUGUAUCCGAAACAGAAUAUAACCGUUUCCAAAAAGUGAACUCUGAAGACUAGGCUCUAAAAAAGCAUACAUAUUAUGGUUAUGGCAUUCAUGUACAU